AUGGCGGCGGCCGGGCCAGAGUCAGGUUGUGACCCGGCCUGCGGUGCCCGGUUCUUCUGCACCGCGGGCCGCGGCCUGGAAUCGUUCCUGAUGCGGGAGGUGCAGGCGCGGCUUGAGGCCACGCAGGUUGAAUAUAUUUCAGGAAAAGUGUUUUUUACUACCUGUUCAGAUUUGGCCUCCAUGAAGAAGUUAAAGUCAGCAGAAAGACUGUUUUUGUUGAUUAAGAAGCAACUUCCAAUUGCAGUUCCUUCUCUGAGCAAAGGAAAAAUACUUAACGAACUGCAAAAACUUGUAAAUGAUGAUCCAGGAAGUUGGCUGAAGGCCAUUUCACUUUGGAAAGAACUUCUUGUACAUGAUACAAAAAGAGAAAAAGUUUCUCAAAGGGACACUAACCCACUAAAACGAAAAGUGGGAGAAAAUGAGAUUGUCGUUGCCAAGAAAUUAAAACUAGAGGAGAUACAAAUGGUUGAAAAGAGACAUAGGGAAGGCCAAUGGGACAGAGUACCCAAGUACUCCUUGGAGCAAGGGGAUGCUAUCACUAAAACUGAGGAGCUUCACAAGCAAGGAUCCCAGAAUGACCUGGUGAAGGCAGCCAACACUGAAGACCUAGAGGACUUGACCUUCCGAGUUUCCUGUCGCUGCAGUGGGAAUAUCGGAAAGGCCUUCACUACACAGGAGGUGGGAAGAGUGGUUGGAAUUGCUCUCAUGAGGAAGUUUGGAUGGAAAGCCAAUUUGAGGAAUCCACAUUUAGAGAUCUUCAUACACCUGAGUGACACUUACUCCGUGGUGGGGAUUCCCCUCUUCAGAGUUCCUUUAGCCAGCAGAACUUACAUCCAGACAGCUGGGCUGCGGUCGACCAUAGCGUGGGCCAUGGCAUCUAUUGCAGAAAUUAAGGCCGGAGCACUGGUUCUGGAUCCAAUGUGUGGCCUUGGGACCAUCCUUGUGGAAGCUGCUGAAGAGUGGCCAGAUGUAUAUUACAUGGGUGCUGAUGUCAGCAACUCACAGUUACUUGGUGCAUGUGACAAUCUGAAGGCUGCAGGCCUUGCAGGCAAGAUUGACUUACUUCAAGUCUCUGUUACAGAGCUACCGCUGCCUUCACAGAGUGUGGAUGUCAUUAUUUCCGACAUCCCAUUUGGGAAAAAGUUCAAGUUAGGAAAAGACAUCAAAAGCAUUCUACAAGAAAUGGAAAGAGUGCUGCGUGAUGGUGGGGCUAUGGUCUUGUUGCUCAGUGAGGAUCACCACAGGCACCUUAGAGACUGUGGAGGCAGCAGCAUCCCCUUGACUUCCCAGGACAGUAUCACUGACUCUGAGAUGAAGAUGCCAUUGAACCCUGACAAAAGAGCUGGCACAUCAGACAUGGCGUCACCUUCACAUCAAGCCAGUAGCUCCCAGUGCCCAAGCAGAGUGUUGCCCUGUGGCUCGCUGGUGCCAGUGGAGUGCUUCAAAGUUAGCCUUGGGAAAACGGAUGCAUUCAUCUGUAAAUACAAGAAGGCACAUGCUUCCGGACUGUCUCCAGCUGGAUGCCAUGAGCCAGGCGCACAGCCUGAGAUGGCAGCCCUGCAACAAUCCCCCUGUCUCCAGGAUUCCCCCAGAGCUCCAAGUGCGCUGCCCCUGCAGAUGGAUGUGUGCAGGGAACACACUUGUUGAAUAAGGCUUCCUGCUCUCCAGUACUCAGUGUUCUUGGCAAAGAACAGUUGGUGGAGAUUUUGAAAAGACUCAAUAUAAAAACGACUUCAUCCCAGAAAUCAAACUUUACAAAUGAGGACACUUCUAUGUGUAACUUUUUUUACAUAUUAAACCUGAGUUUUUUUAACCUAUACUUUGCUUCUCCAUUGAAAUGAAAAUAAUUUUUAUUUGCCGUAAUUGAUGACUUAUUUUGUAAAAUAUCAGGUAAGAGUAAGCUAGAAGCCCGGGCGUUGGUGGCACAUGCCUUUUAUC